AUGUUUGCCUCUGAAAGUGGAGACCAGAAGAGCGUUGAGUCCAACAGCAACUCUAGUACCUCAACGACAAUAGCAGCUAUACCAUGUAAGGGAUGCGGGAAAAAGGCCAAUUUUUUAAUAGUACUUGACGAUGAUGAGUUGGAAUGUGCUUGUGGAGAGCCUUGGGAGGUUCCUCUUGAUUGGUAUUAUUGCUCCAAAAGAUGUUACUCCAAGAAUAGUUACUGGAUGCUUCAAGGCAGUAGUCUUUUGGUUCAAGAUGAGUGUAACGGGUGUGGAUGUCCUCAAUUCUUUGCAGUUGGCGUUACAAUGGUACCGAUCACUAGAGAAAUGAUUGAAGACUAUGCCAAGGAAAAAUCAAGCUCUGAAGAAGAAGACUAA